ACGGCGGGAAACCUCUCCUCCAAACCUCCUGAACAACGCAGUUUCUCAUGCCUUUUGUUGUGCUUCCUGAUGCGACCUUUACACCUGCAGAGGAGGGAGGAGUCCGGGCAGAGGGUGAGAGAUAAAAGAGAGACGAGCUGGAGCUGAAUAAAAGCUUCUGCAGCUGCGGAGCCACAUGAAGCGCUCAACAUGGGCAACUGGAUUAUCAACCAUGGGCUCACGUCCUUCAUACUGGUGGUCUGGAUGGGCAUCAACAUCUUCCUUUUCGUCUGGUUUUACCUGUUCUACGAUUUGGGGGAUGAUUAUUACUACACACGUCAUCUUUUAGGGUCUGCGUUGGCGUGGGCCAGAGCUCCAGCCGCUGUCCUGAACUUUAACUGCCUGCUGAUCCUGCUGCCGGUGUGCAGGAACCUGCUCUCUCUGCUGAGAGGGUCCUUUGUGUGUUGCGGAAGAACAAUGAGGAAACAGCUGGAUAAAAAUAUAAGUUUCCACAAGCUGGUGGCGUACAUGAUCGCUCUGAUGACAGCCGUCCACCUGAUCGCCCACCUGCUGAACGUGGAGUGGUACAACAACAGCAGGCGAGGAGUUUACGACAAACUGAGCACGGCUCUGUCCAACCUGGAGGAUACGGACAACACCACCUACCUGAACCCCAUCCGCAAAACUGACGUUGAUGCUCAGCAGACUCCAACCUACUUGGUGUUCACCACCAUCGCCGGCCUGACGGGGAUCAUCAUCACUCUGGCUCUCAUCCUCAUCAUCACCUCCUCCAUGGAGGUCAUCAGACGCAGCUACUUCGAGGUCUUCUGGUACACACACCACCUCUUCGUCAUCUUCUUCAUUGGUCUCGUGUUUCACGGAGCUGGGUUCAUAGUGAGGAAACAGCUGACCACAGAUCCACCACACAACUUCACCUUAUGUAAAGACCGCAUUGAGGAGUGGGGACAGAUUCCUGAGUGUCCCCUCCCCAAGUUUGGAGGAGGGCCCGCCCAGACCUGGUGGUGGGUGAUUGGUCCGAUGAUUCUGUACCUGUGUGAACGUCUGCUGCGUUUCAUUCGCAACAUGCAGACCGUCCAGUACAGGAAGAUCGUGAUGCAUCCAUCCAAGGUGCUGGAGAUGCAGCUGGUGAGGCACGGGUUUAAGAUGGAUGUGGGUCAGUACAUCUUCCUCAACUGCCCGGCCAUCUCUCAGCUGGAGUGGCACCCGUUCACCAUGACCUCCGCCCCCGAGGAGGACUUCUUUAGCGUCCACAUCCGCUCAGCCGGGGACUGGACCGACCGACUCAUAGACAUCAUGCAGCACCUGCCAGAGGGGGCACAGGGGCCCAAGAUGGGGGUGGACGGGCCCUUUGGGACAGCCAGUGAAGACGUGUUCGACUACGAGGUCAGCAUGCUGGUCGGGGCCGGCAUCGGCAUCACUCCAUUCGCCUCCAUCCUCAAAUCCAUCUGGUACAAAUUCAAAACCUCCAACCCUAAACUACGCACCAGAAAGAUCUACUUUUACUGGCUCUGCCGGGAAACACACGCCUUCGAGUGGUUUGCCGACCUGCUGCAGGUGCUGGAGAAAGAGAUGGAGGAGAGAGGAAUGGGGGAUUUCCUCACCUACAAACUCUACCUGACUGGCUGGGAUCAAAGCCAUGCGACUCAUGCCUGGGUUCACUUUGACGAGGAAACAGACGUGGUCACUGGCCUCAAACAGAAAACUCAUUAUGGCCGACCCGUGUGGGAUAAGGAGUUCGAAGAAGUCCGCCAAGAAAACCCUUCAUCUGUGGUGGGAACUUUCUUGUGUGGCCCUGCAGUUCUGGGAAAGGUCCUGGAGAACAAAUGUGCCAAAUUCUCCGAUGUGGAUCCCCGAAAGACCCGAUUUUACUUCAACAAGGAGAACUUCUGAGUGAAGAAACAACAACAAAGGACUUUGGCUUUUUGAAGGUCAACAGAUACUUUCACCGAGGAUAUUUGUGAGGAAGUUAUUGACUGCUGCCUGAAAACCUGCAGCACUAGCUGGGUGUGUUUCGGCACGUCGACCAAAAGGCAAGGCAUGUUGUUGCACUACUCAGGGACAGACACGUUCUCAGCCAUGAGUAAUAGCCUCUUGAUUGCUAUGACUCAAGGUUUAAACGUCAGUUACACUCAUUAAUAGAUUGUAAGGAAUUAUUUUACUGUGACAAGACACCAGGACCACCAAGGUUUAGUCCCUAUAGUUUUGUUUGUUGUUGUGUCUCUUCAUGUUUGUCUGUAUGUGUGAUUUACAUUAUUUAUUUUGUAUUAUUUCAAAAAAAUAUGUAAGAUGGUCUGCAACUGUUUGUUUUUUUGUAUGCAAAUAAAAAAUAAUUAAAG